CAAAGCUGGGAGAGUAUGCAAUUAGCCAGCAAUUUAGCAGCUGAAAGGGGAGGGAAAGAACUCACUCUGGAGUCUGCAUUGUGAAGUCAAGAUGCCUCCACAGUCAGCCUCUGCACUGGGGAAGCCAGAAUUUAAUUCAGAUGGUGCACAGCUUUUUACUUGGGAAGAGAUUGGAAUUCACUCUGGUCAGAAGAACUCCAAAGAGGACCGAUGGUUGGUCAUCAACCGGAAGGUUUACAAUAUAAGUAUCUUCUGUAACCAGCAUCCAGGAGGAUCCCGUAUUAUCAAACACUUUUCUGGACAAGAUGCCACGGAUGCUUUCACAGCCUUCCACAAGAAUGAAACUCUGGCGAGGAAAUACCUGAAUUCACUGCUGAUUGGAGAGCUAGCAGCUGAUCAACCUUGUUGUGAGCCCAGCAAAAAUGAACUGCUGGUAAAGGAUUUCCGUGAUCUGUUCUCUACUGUCAAAAAGAUGGGACUCAUGAAAUCCAAUUAUCUCUUCUUUCUCCUCCUGUUCCUGCAUUGCUUGCUGAUUGAUAUUUCCUCCUGGUUCAUUAUCUGGUACUUUGGAGUUUCCUGGGCUUCUUUCCUAAUAGGAAUGGUGAUGUUUGCAACUGCUCAGGUCCAGUAUGGAUGGUUCCAACAUGAUCUGGGGCAUAUUUCAGUUUUCCAGACUCCCAAAUGGAACAGACUUUUCCAGUUAGUUGUGAUGGGCAUGCUUCAGGGUGGGACACCCAGCUGGUGGAACCAUAUGCACAACCAGCACCAUGCUAAACCCAACUGCUUCCGCAAGGAUCCUGAUCUCAACAUGCACCCUCUGCUGUUCAGCCUGGGGAAGACACUCUCUGUGGAGCUCGGAAAGAAGAAGAAGAAAUACUUGCCUUACAAUUACCAGCACAAAUACUUCAGCCUUGUUGCUCCAGGUGCGAUUAUUCCUUUCUUUCAGACGGUUAUAUUCCAUUUUACUUACACAAGGAAAAAGUGGUUGGAAUUAGUUGUGAUUCUGCUCUACAACAUCCGUGUCUGUUUCAUGUAUGUUCCUUUAAUGGGAUUUAAGUGUUUCAUGGCAUACUACUGGCUGGCCAGGUUCCUCAAUAGUUGUUGGUUCAUCUGGGUCACACAAAUGAACCACAUCCCAAUGAACAUCGACUAUGAUAAGAAUUUGGACUGGGUUUCUGCUCAGCUGGCAGCAACAUGUAAUGCAGAUCCAUCUCUGUUCAACGACUGGUUUACUGGACACCUGAAUUUCCAGAUUGAACAUCACCUUUUCCCAACGAUGCCUCGACACAACUACUGGAAGGUAGCCCCCCUGGUGAAAUCCCUCUGUGCCAAGCAUGGCCUUAAUUACCAGAGCAAGCCUCUGCUCACAGCCUUUGCAGACAUUUUAUGCUCUCUAAAGCAGUCAGGAGAGCAUUGGCUUGAAGCCUAUCUAAGCGCAUCUGGGGAAAAGUCAGAUCUUCAAGACAGAUAACUUCUUAACACUGCUGCUGCAACAGAGGUUCUACAUGAAGAAUGAUGCCUGAUACUUGAAGUCUCAGGAAUGAGUCAGGCAGAAAAAGAAUGCUAGGGGAAAGCAAUUCCUAUGUAUGGGAUAUGGGCAAGAAUGUGGGAAAUAAUUGUUGUUAGAUUGGAAGGUUCCUGGAUUUUUGGAUUCGGUUCCAACUAGAAGCUUGCAGGCUUCACUCUGCAUGUUGGAAAAUGCUGUUACGAAGCAGUGCCAUUGUGUCUCUCCUGGGAACCUCAAGGCAUGGUUAUAAAGCAGGCUGUUUUCCAAGAAAAUCACAACUGAAGGCUCAUAAUCCAAAUAAAAUAUAUUGUACUGAA